AUGACAGAGACGACGUCGACGCUGCUCCCUGGAGGGUUUCACGCAUUCAACCCGCAAGCGGAUUUCUCGGACAACAAAGAAACCAACAACGCACGACCUCUCACCGAUGCCGUCAUCACGAUCCGUAUCAUCAAGUCGUUCGAAUUUCGAUCCAUGAAAGCUUUCGUUAUCAAAUCGAUCGAUCUGACUUCGACGAGCGUUGCUGAGUUGGAGGAAAAGUGUCGACAGGAAGUCAAGACGAAUUCGAGCUACCGAGCGUUCAAGAGUUAUGCUGACAAGUUGGAUACGCUGAAGCUGUACACCAGGGCGCAUGGAAGUAAGACGACGAAUUUGAUCAUCAACCUCGACCGCCCAGAGUGGGUUUUGGAAGAUGCAAAUCUGGGAGCACUCGUCAAGGAGGGUGAGAGAGUGGGAAAGACAAAGGAGAACACGACGUUGGCAGAAAUCGGAAUCGAGAACGAGACGGAGUUGAGCUUCUUCAACAAGCAAGCGUACGAAGAGUUUUUGGCUAACCCGAAUACAAAGUGGGAUGCAACCGGAUGA